AUGGAACUCCUCAAGGCAGUGCACGCCCGGCAGUGUUGGCAGCGCCCGGCAGUGUUGGCAGCGCCCGGCAGUGUUGGCAGCGCCCGGCAGUGUUGGCAGCGCCCGGCAGUGUUGGCAGCGCCCGGCAGUGUUGGCAGCGCCCGGCAGUGUUGGCAGCGCCCGGCGGUGUUGGCAGGUUACGGUGGGCAGAGGAUGGCGUUAUGGUGCAGAGGGAGAAACACUGAAUAUCUUGUCGGCGAGAUACAAGAUGCUGUCGACUGUGUGAUGGAGUGGGGAUCAGCUCCAUCUGUGCUGAAGAGGCUGGACGUAAUAAAGCCCAAGCCUGGAGAGUGUGCUGUGGGGUCACUGGGAUACAGGGGUCACUGGGAGACAGGGGUCACUGGGAGACAGGGGUCACUGGGAGACAGGGGUCACUGGGAUACAGGGGUCACUGGGAUACAGGGGUCACUGGGAUACAGGGGUCACUGGGAGACAGGGGUCACUGGGAGACAGGGGUCACUGAGAUACAGGGGUCACUGGGAGACAGGGGUCACUGGGAUACAGGGGUCACUGGGAUACAGGGGUCACUGGGAUACAGGGGUCACUGGGAUACAGGGGUCACUGGGAGACAGGGGUCACUGGGAGACAGGGGUCACUGGGAGACAGGGGUCACUGGGAUACAGGGGUCACUGGGAUACAGGGGUCACUGGGAUACAGGGGUCACUGGGAGACAGGGGUCACUGGGAGACAGGGGUCACUGAGAUACAGGGGUCACUGGGAGACAGGGGUCACUGGGAUACAGGGGUCACUGGGAUACAGGGGUCACUGGGAUACAGGGGUCACUGGGAUACAGGGGUCACUGGGAGACAGGGGUCACUGAGAUACAGGGGUCACUGGGAGACAGGGGUCACUGGGAGACAGGGGUCACUGGGAUACAGGGGUCACUGGGAGACAGGGGUCACUGGGAGACAGGGGUCACUGGGAGACAGGGGUCACUGGGAUACAGGGGUCACUGGGAGACAGGGGUCACUGGGAUACAGGGGUCACUGGGAUACAGGGGUCACUGGGAGACAGGGGUCACUGGGAGACAGGGGUCACUGGGAGACAGGGGUCACUGGGAUACAGGGGUCACUGGGAGACAGGGGUCACUGGGAUACAGGGGUCACUGGGAUACAGGGGUCACUGGAAUACAGGGGUCACUGGGAGACAGGGGUCACUGGGAUACAGGGGUCACUGGGAGACAGGGGUCACUGGGAGACAGGGGUCACUGGGAUACAGGGGUCACUGGGAUACAGGGGUCACUGGGAGACAGGGGUCACUGGGAGACAGGGGUCACUGGGAUACAGGGGUCACUGGGAGACAGGGGUCACUGGGAUACAGGGGUCACUGGGAUACAGGGGUCACUGGGAGACAGGGGUCACUGGGAGACAGGGGUCACUGGGAGACAGGGGUCACUGGGAUACAGGGGUCACUGGGAUACAGGGGUCACUGGGAGACAGGGGUCACUGGGAGAAAGGAGUCACUGGGAUACUGGGGUCACUGGGAUACAGGGGUCACUGGAAUACAGGGGUCACUGGGAGACAGGGGUCACUGGGAUACAGGGGUCACUGGGAGACAGGGGUCACUGAGAUACAGGGGUCACUGGGAGACAGGGGUCACUGGGAGACAGGGGUCACUGGGAUACAGGGGUCACUGGAAUACAGGGGUCACUGGGAGACAGGGGUCACUGGGAGACAGGGGUCACUGGGAGACAGGGGUCACUGGGAUACAGGGGUCACUGGGAGACAGGGGUCACUGGGAUACAGGGGUCACUGGGAUACAGGGGUCACUGGGAGACAGGGGUCACUGGGAGACAGGGGUCACUGGGAGACAGGGGUCACUGGGAUACAGGGGUCACUGGGAGACAGGGGUCACUGGGAUACAGGGGUCACUGGGAUACAGGGGUCACUGGAAUACAGGGGUCACUGGGAUACAGGGGUCACUGGGAGACAGGGGUCACUGGGAUACAGGGGUCACUGGGAGACAGGGGUCACUGGGAGACAGGGGUCACUGGGAUACAGGGGUCACUGGGAUACAGGGGUCACUGGGAGACAGGGGUCACUGGGAGACAGGGGUCACUGGGAGACAGGGGUCACUGGGAUACAGGGGUCACUGGGAGACAGGGGUCACUGGGAUACAGGGGUCACUGGGAUACAGGGGUCACUGGGAGACAGGGGUCACUGGGAGACAGGGGUCACUGGGAGACAGGGGUCACUGGGAUACAGGGGUCACUGGGAUACAGGGGUCACUGGGAGACAGGGGUCACUGGGAGAAAGGAGUCACUGGGAUACUGGGGUCACUGGGAGACAGGGGUCACUGGGAUACAGGGGUCACUGGAAUACAGGGGUCACUGGGAGACAGGCGUCACUGGGAUACAGGGGUCACUGGGAGACAGGGGUCACUGGGAUACAGGGGUCACUGGGAGACAGGGGUCACUGGGAUACAGGGGUCACUGGGAUACAGGGGUCACUGGGAGACAGGGGUCACUGGGAUACAGGUGUCACUGGAAUACAGGGGUCACUGGGAGACAGGGGUCACUGGGAUACAGGGGUCACUGGAAUACAGGGGUCACUGGGAGACAGGGGUCACUGGGAUACAGGGGUCACUGGGAGACAGGUGUCACUGGGAUACAGGGGUCACUGGAAUACAGGGGUCACUGGGAGAAAGGGGUCACUGGGAUACAGGGGUCACUGGGAGACAGGGGUCACUGGGAGACAGGGGUCACUGGGAGACAGGGGUCACUGGGAUACAGGGGUCACUGGGAGACAGGGGUCACUGGGAGACAGGGGUCACUGGGAUACAGGGGUCACUGGGAUACAGGGGUCACUGGGAGACAGGGGUCACUGGGAGACAGGGGUCACUGGGAGACAGGGGUCACUGGGAUACAGGGGUCACUGGGAGACAGGGGUCACUGGGAUACAGGGGUCACUGGGAUACAGGGGUCACUGGGAGACAGGGGUCACUGGGAGACAGGGGUCACUGGGAGACAGGGGUCACUGGGAUACAGGGGUCACUGGGAUACAGGGGUCACUGGGAGACAGGGGUCACUGGGAGAAAGGAGUCACUGGGAUACUGGGGUCACUGGGAGACAGGGGUCACUGGGAUACAGGGGUCACUGGAAUACAGGGGUCACUGGGAGACAGGCGUCACUGGGAUACAGGGGUCACUGGGAGACAGGGGUCACUGGGAUACAGGGGUCACUGGGAGACAGGGGUCACUGGGAUACAGGGGUCACUGGGAUACAGGGGUCACUGGGAGACAGGGGUCACUGGGAUACAGGUGUCACUGGAAUACAGGGGUCACUGGGAGACAGGGGUCACUGGGAUACAGGGGUCACUGGAAUACAGGGGUCACUGGGAGACAGGGGUCACUGGGAUACAGGGGUCACUGGGAGACAGGUGUCACUGGGAUACAGGGGUCACUGGGAGACAGGGGUCACUGGGAGAAAGGGUGGGGGCGGUGUGGAUCCUGCUGUGCUCUCUGGCGCCCCCGGUGGCCUCCUCUCCUCUCUGCAGCACGGAGCAGAGCUGUGGAGCAGCCGCGGUCGGAUCCUUGGCCAAUCUGUUCGACCGCGUCAUCCAGCACUCGGCGCGAGUGUCGGGCGUGUCCCGCGACCUGCACCAGCACUUUGUGAGUCACAUGACCUCAGAGUCACAUGACCUCAGAGUCACAUGA